AUGGUUGAAAGACUUAACAAGGAACCAGAUAUUCGGGAAAAUGAGGCCUUCGAAAACUGGGGUGGAACUGUAUAGACAACCCUUGAUCACCUUCUUUAUGCACCAAAGACUGUUGAAGAAGUCCAGAAAUUUGUUGAGAGUGCAAAGGCAGCAGACAAGUCUGUAAGAUGUAAUGGCUUCUGCCAUAGUUGGUCUAGCAUUUUCGGAGACAACCAACAAUAUUAGAUCUCUCUUCUAACUAAGAAAUUAAUAAAGUCAAGAUUAACUUUCUAAGAUUGCUUGGAUAAAGCAGCAAAAUUAAAGAAAACUGAACUCAACUAAAUAGAGGUUGUCGGAAAAGAUGAGGCAACUGGAAAGGGUCUGAUCAGAUUAGGUGCUGCUACAUUAAACGCUCAGUUUUUAAACUGGACUAAUCAACAACUUUCAAGUGGAGUUGAAGAAUUGUGGGCACUACCACUGAAUGUUAUAAUGAUUGAAAUCACUUUUGCUGGUAGUAAUGCUCCAAUCUGUCAUGGAGCUGGAAUAAAUACUCAGACUCUCAGUGAUCUAGUAUAUGAAUUGGAAUAUAUUGAUUGCAAUGGAAAACUCUAAAAAUUUAAAGCUGACUCAGAUUCUUCAAAGCUUUUAAUGUAGUCUGCUAGUGGCUGCUUUGGUUUAUUAGGAGUUGUAACUCAUCUAACACUCAAGGCUGACCCAAUGACUUAUGCACAUUUUACUACAUUCAAAGAAGAUAUAUUAGAAGCUGUGCCAUAUCCUUCAGAUUACGACUCAUAGAUAAAUGGUUCCUAACUCCCAAGAGAAGUCAAAAAGGCAUAUUCAAAAAUGAGUCUUUAGGAUAAGUAACAAGCUUUUGCUAAGUUUGCUUAAAGAUGCGAAGAAAGCUAUUAUUCUGAGUUCUUUUGGUUCCCAUUCCAAUCUAAAAGCUAUGUAUUAGCCUGGAAAAAUGAUGCAAAUAAGAGUGAUGCAGUGGGAAACCAUUUGUCCUCUAAAUUGAGUGAGAUCGGCUCAGCUGCUAUUUAAGCAAUAAUGACAACAGCUUAGAAUCUCAUUCCUAAGGAUAAAAGACAAAAGCUAGAGGUCUUAACUGCAAAAGUUUUUGGAACCUUAGCAAUGGCGCAACUUAAAACCUAUGACACAUCGGUACAAUUGAUGGAAGCCCUUCAUUUUAGAAGAGGAAUUCAAAAUUUUGAAGUCUUGGACAUGGAAGUUGAAAUUCCAUUGCCAAAAUUAGCUAAUGGGUCUAUUGAUUGGAGUAUUGCUCACAAAGCUUGGUGGGAUGUCAUAAUGAGGGUUUAUGAGAUUAAAAAGAAGGAUAAUAGAGCCCCUAUGAAAGUUGCUUUGGAAAUGAGAGUUGUUGGCUUAUCUGAAGUUACUCUGUCUCCUUUCAGAGUUAAUCAGUGUGAUUCAUAAAGUGAUAUUGGAGCAUUUUGCUCUAUUGAAGUACUUACUAUUGGAGCAAAUCACUGUACAUAUGAAAGCAAAGAUGAAUACUUAAAGGAAUGGGAAACCUUCUGCCAAGAUAUCUUUGAAAGAUGGUGCAAAUACAGAGAUUACAAUGGAAAUAUUAUUUAUCCCAGACCUCAUUUUGCAAAGCAAUGGGAGUUUUUGAAGUAUGUUCAUCCUGAGACAAAAGUAUCUCAAGAUAUCAAGACUUACCUUAAAAAUACUGUUUUAAAGGAAAGAAUUCCUCAAUUUAGAAAUGACCUAGAAGAAAUUGCUAAGUAGUCUAACCCUCCCUUCUCAUUUGAGGAUAUGAAGAAAAGAUUUCACAACUAGACUCUUUCAGAAUUCCUCUUUUCUGAAUGA